AUGGCGUCCCAGUGCACCCUCUCAACACUGUUUCCCAUCCAAAGUCAGCUCGAGUGCGCCUUGGAUGAGGCUGCCACCCAUACAGAAAAAGAACAACUUGUUUACGAUUAUCUGGAAAAAUCAGACGAAAGAGAGGACCUUAAAAUCUCCGAUUUCCACACAGGUUUAGAGUGGCUGAACACUGAAGGACCUCUGUCUUUGAACAAGGAGCUGGUUGGUAAAGUGGUGCUGCUGGACUUCUUCACUUAUUGCUGCAUCAACUGCAUGCACAUCCUGCCUGACCUGCACCAGCUGGAGAACAGACACUCUGUUAAAGAUGGUCUGGUGAUUGUUGGUGUUCACUCUGCCAAAUUUCCCAAUGAAAAAGUCCUGGACAACAUCCGGAGCGCUGUGCUCCGCUACGACAUCUGCCACCCCGUGGUGAACGACAGCGAGGCGUCUCUCUGGCACGAGCUGGAAGUUUCCUGCUGGCCCACACUGGUGCUGCUGGGACCUCAUGGUAACCUGCUCUUUGCCCUGGUGGGCGAAGGUCACCGGGACAGGCUGACACUUUUCACCGACAGUGCCCUUCGGUUUUAUGGUGAACGAGGGCUGCUGAAGACUCACUCAGUGGGUAUUAAGCUUUACCGGGACUCCUUGCCACCCAGCAUCCUUUCUUUUCCUGGAAAGGUGGCUGUUGACCAAAGCAACCAAAGGCUGGUGAUUGCAGACACAGGGCAUCACAGAAUCCUGGUGGUGUCUUCUAUCGGACAACUACUACACGUUAUAGGUGGACCUGAAAGAGGCAAACAAGAUGGCGACUUGUCCGAAGCAUCCUUUAACUCCCCUCAGGGCGUUGCCAUCAAAAAUGACACCAUAUAUGUGGCGGACACAGAAAACCACCUGAUUCGAAAGAUUGACCUCUCUCAGCGACGAGUAUCCACUAUAGCUGGCGUUGGCGCUCAAGGGACAGAUAAUGAGGGCGGGGCCAUGGGACCUGAGCAGCCAAUCAGCUCUCCCUGGGACGUAAUUCUUGGCACUGCCUGUGGUGCUGAAGACAACGUGCUGUGGAUAGCCAUGGCAGGAACUCACCAGAUUUGGGCUUUGUUCCUAGCAGAUGGAAAACUGCCCAAAGGAAGUGAGUCCAAGGCGGGGACGUGCGUGCGAUGGGCCGGCAGCGGCAGCGAGGAGAACCGAAACAACGCCUACCCUCACAAGGCGGGCUUCGCUCAGCCUUCCGGCCUGGCUUCGGCCCUCAAGGAGCCCUGGAGCUGCCUGUUCGUGGCCGACAGUGAAAGCAGCACCGUGCGCACGCUGUCGCUGAAAGACGGAGCCGUCAAGCAUCUGGUUGGAGGAGAGAGAGACCCGCUGAACCUUUUUGCUUUCGGGGAUGUUGAUGGGAAAGGAGUGGACGCCAAGCUGCAGCAUCCUCUCGGUGUCGCCUGGGCUCCUGAACAAAAGCUGCUCUAUGUGGCAGAUUCCUACAACCACAAGAUUAAGACGGUGGAUCCAAAAACAAAGCAGUGUGCCACAUUAGCAGGGACGGGAGAGGCUGGUGACGCUCUGGGACCAGAACUCAACAAAUCUUGCUUCAAUGAACCUGGAGGAAUCUGUGUCGGCGACGGCGGGAAACUGCUUUACGUGGCCGACACAAACAACCACCAAAUCAAAGUUCUGGACCUGGAGUCCAAGACUGUCUCUCUGUUCCCCGUCCUCACUGAGUGCACAGACUCUGCACCUGUGAAGCGUCCGGCUGCGACUAAAGUCCCAACGCUUCCUAAAUCAGCUGUCAGGAAGAACGCACCGCCAGUGACCGUGUCCGCAGGCCAGACUGUCUGCAUGUCGCUCGCCAUUUCACUUCCAGAAGGAGCCAAACUCACCAAAGAAGCACCGAGCUGCUGGGCACUGUCAGCCGAAGGUAACGAGUGGCUGCUGGGCGAGCAGGUGAUGACGGGAGAAAUCGUGGAUGUGUCGCAGCCUCUCCGCAUCUCAGCCAAACUCCCACCUGUCCUGAACGGGUCGGACGGAAACCUCAGCUUGGCGUUAAACACUUGGGUGUAUUACUGCACGGAGGGCGGGAACACGUGCAUGAUGAAAGCAGCCUCGUUUACUCUUCCUCUUCACAUAAACAGCUGUCCUGGAGCCGGAGAGGUCACGGUGACAUUAACUCACGCCUUCUAGAAACCAGCAGC